GGCUGUGCACGUUAAGAUAGCCUACCAGCCUGACAUUUUCAUUCUGCGCAGUUCAUUUAUAGAAAACCUAGUCACAACGCCUGCUGAAUUUGGAGGUUGUGAUUUCUUGGGUGCAUUUAUUACGGUCUCACUCUGACUCUAUUCUCAAUCAGAUAUUAUUAGGGCGCUGUGUGAGUGAUGUGGGUUCCUCUCUAGGAAAACAGUUGCACCGGUCAGGCAGCAGGUAAGCAGGAUCGAGACGCAGGCAGCUGUCCCGUUAACUGGGCAGUCUGCAUCACGCGUACAGAUGCUCUUCUAGUAGCCUAUUUAUGUAAAUGAGCUAAACACACAUCUCAAGGAUAUGUUUACUGGAAAUAAGGCACUAGGUUACUGUCUUUUCACGUUUUAUGCCACUAAACUCGCGUACCGGGACCGGCGCCAGGUUUAUUACCUUUGACAGCUCGCGCAAGCGUCACUGACUGCUGUCAUUCUCCACGGUAUGUACUUGUCUCUCUACGGUAUCUAUUUGUCAUUCCCCGAGGCGUAGUAUAUAUUUCAGACGCGUCGAAGAAAACCGUAUACCGUGAAGUCCUGUCUUUUUGAGGGCUGAAAGAAAGCGUAGAUGUUUCUGUCCGUAUCCUGGACCGAUUCAAUUGGAUAAGUCUAUUUUACCAUGCCCUGCCUUGCGCCAGUUUGAGACCGAUUCCUUGUACACCUUUCAGAUAAAAGGUAAUGUAUUUGUCUGUGUGCGCAACCAUACAACAGGCAUCUGUCUAUAGGCUAUGUGAUUAGUAUUGUAUGUUGGUUGAUGAUCAUACAUUCUUGUUUUUUUAAAUUUUCUAUGAUGUCAGUGUGCCCCAGCAGAGAGGUGCAUGGCUGAGGAGAGCUGUAUUAAGUGAUGUUAUAGAUCUGUUAUAAACAUUGAUGUAUGACAGAUGGGUAGAAUAGAAUCCCCAGGCCAUUACACUCUUAAUCCACCUAUUUGACUCCACCUCUGCUGAAAUAGCCAUGAUCAACAACAUUUGUGGUGGCUUUUCACUUUCCAAUAUAUUGAUCUAUUGACACACCUUCAAUGACCACAACCACAAUCUAUUAUGUUUAGGCUACCCUUGCACAAGCAAGUGGUCACAUUGUGCCCUUCAAUUUUCAGAGCCACUCUGAAUGUCAUAAAUAAAUUAAGGGGGUCAGGGCCAGCUCUAGCAUUUUGGAGGCCCUAAGCGAGAUUUGGUUGUGACUGUCAGUGACUGACAAAACAAAACCAUUUUUGCCUGGAGCCGGCCCUGAGGAGGGUAUUUUUUUCUUCUUCUGUAGGUCAGAGGACAAACAAUGUGGUUGGUAAGUGAGCUGUCACACCGGCCACUGGCCUAUAGGCUACUUCUCAUAGAGAGGGGGACUAUGUAGACCACUAUGUGGCUCAUCUGUUGACAUUUGUGUUGUGAACUGUGUCCCUCUAUAUCUGCUGCUGCAGUGGGUUAGUGUUGCAUCUCUAAACACACACUCUCGCUGCCACAGAACAUGUGUGUGUUAGAGUGUAUUAGAGAGAGACCUAGCUAGUUCUACCUGAGGCAAAGGAGCAUGAUAUAUUGGUUUCAUGCACAGAAAGCCAAUCUUCCCCCCUCCAUCUCCAAAACAUACAGUAGUUGAAAGGGAAGACACAAGGAGGGAAUGGGGUAGAAAGGGGGUUGGGGGACUGAAAUAUGUUGCUAAGCAACAGGGAAGUAGACCAGGAUGGGGGAGAAAGAUGGUACCCACCAGCUUGCCUGUGGUUCAGUAUGGUGAUGAUGUCAGCAGUGGUGUCGGAGGACUAGAGGGCAGGAGGUGGACAGGUACUCAAUGUGAGCCAGCUCCCCCCACCCGCUUCUGGCUCCAUGCCAAUCCCCCCUCUUGUCGGGCCACAGGGCUCUGUGAUAGUUGGAGAGAUGGUCUGUGACCAGAGGGAGAGGGUUGUGAAGGACAAACAAACACAGGUCACUCAUCUUCUCAUUCUACAUUGGUAUCAGUUACACAACAGAGGAGUCUGGUGGGAGGAGCUAUAGGAGGACAGGCUCAUUGUAAUGGCUGGAAUGGAUUCAAUGGAACAGAGUUAAACACGUUGUUUCCAUGUGUUGGAUGUGUUUGGUACCAUUCCAUUGAUUCAUUUUCAGCCAUUAAAAUGAACCUGUCCUUCCAUAGCUUGUCUCACCAGCCUCCUCUAUUACACACCCAGCCCAGCAGACUGCACAUUCCUCUCUCUUUCUCACAAUCGCUCUCCCAUCCCUUCACCAUGAUUUGUGGUUACUAACCAGGUUGAUGGAUCAAAUGCAGCAUAAACAAAGCAGCACAGAUCCAGCCAGACCUUCUGGACAACCUGGGAGGAAUACUUUUCCAGCACCUGCUCUACCCCGGCGACCAACAGCUCAGGACACCUCUAUCCCCAGUCCCACAGGGGGGUCUGGGAAACUCCCAGGACUGGCCUCAGGUGUACGUCAGAUGCCAGACCAGGUGAGGCUGGAGCAUGUACAACUUGGGUCCAGUCCUGCAGUUCCAGUCUAUUUCAGCCGUCCCAGACCUACUGCACUAAAUUCCUCCAGAGAUUCAGAGGCUGAUAUGAAGGAUAAGGCCUCUAUUCCAAACCGCAUUCCUGGACCACACAGCUCCAUCUCCCUGUCCCAGUCCCCUACAGAGUCUUCUCUGUUGUCCCACAGCCCCCAGAGUCCUCACAGCACUCAGCCUUACACCGGCCAGCCUUACCUCAGCCCCCAGCCUAACCUGCCUCAGCCCUGCCUCACCCCACCAUCAAGCCUCAGCCCCAAACCAGGCUCCAGUCCACAGUCCCAGAGGACCAGCUCCCCUCUGGGCGCUAUGGAAAAUCAGCCACAGACUGAAGGAGAAACGGAUCACGGUUUCAGGGUGCACAUUGUCACAUGGAAUGUGGGCUCUGCUGUUCCCCCUGAUGACGUCACAUCUCUGUUUGGGCCGCAUGCUGGCGAUGGGAGUACAGACAUGUUUAUCAUUGGGCUUCAGGAAAUGAAUUCUAUGAUCAACAAGCGGCUGAAGGACGCUCUGUUCCACGACCAGUGGAGUGAGCUUUGCAUGGACACACUCAGUCGCUUUGGAUAUGUGCUGGUGGCGUCCCAGCGUAUGCAGGGGGUUCUGUUGCUGGUGUUCUCUAAAUUCUGCCAUCUUCCAUUCCUGAGGGGGGUGCAGACAGAGAAAACACGCACAGGCCUCGGGGGCUACUGGGGUAAUAAAGGGGGUGUAAGUGCGAGGAUGACGAUGUUCGGCCACCCGGUGUGUUUCCUGAACUGUCACCUGCCGGCUCACAUGCGGAACCUGGAGCAGCGCAUGGAGGACUUUGAGAGCAUCCUGCAGCAACAGCAGUUUGAUGGCGCGACCGCCUCGGGUGUGCUGGACCACGACGUGGUGUUCUGGUUUGGGGAUCUUAACUUCCGCAUCGAGAACUAUGACAUUCAUGUGGUGAAGAGUGCCAUUGACAGCAAUAAGCUCCCUUUGCUGUGGGAGCGAGACCAGCUCAACAUAGCUAAAAACAGUGAGUCCAUUUUAGAUGGCUUCUUGGAAGGCCCUCUCAAAUUCCCCCCCACAUAUAAGUUUGACGUGGGGACACACACAUACGACACCAGCAGUAAGAAGCGAAAGCCAGCAUGGACAGACCGUAUCUUGUGGCGUCUGCGUUGUACGGGCUCCCCUGUUCCUACCCACAAUGCCGCUCUGCAGCGUGGCCUAACCUCGUGGCUGGGUGGGGCAACCAAGGUGGUGCAACACUCCUACCGCAGUCACAUGGGCUACACCUGCAGUGACCACAAACCGGUCUCUGCUGUCUUCUCAUUACAUUUCCCAUUCAAAGUGGACCUUCCUCUUGUAACGUUAGAGUAUGAGAAGGAGUGGACUAAAGUUUCUGACGCUACAGUCAGAUUCACUGUGAGGUCCAACUUCCAGCGCAGCUCAUGGGACUGGGUUGCAAUAUACAAGGUUGGGUUCAAACAUCACAAGGACUAUGUAGCAUAUGUGUGGGCCAAGGCAGAUCAUGGGUCACAGGUGACAUUUACAGAGGAGGAUUUACCCAGGGAUGCAGGGGAAUACAUUUUGGGUUUCUAUAGCAACAACAUGAAUACUAUUAUUGGAGUGACAUUGCCCUUUCAGAUCCAUGUUCCUGUGCGCAGCCCGACAGCCCCACCAGUAUGCCGCUCAGACAGUUCUGACGUCAGCUCGGAGGAUGACAGCACACUGGUCCUGCUGGCCCCUGCUAGCUCCCGCAGCCCAAGCCCUGGAAAAAGCAAACACCACCAUCGUCACCGCCGCAGCCACAGUCCUGCUCACUCCAACACCCCCAUGCCCUCCCUGCAGGGCCUCAGCUUGCACCCUCGUCCCCUAGAGGGCCUACCAAGCAACCGCUCGCCCUGCUCUGCAGCUAAGAAGGAGCGCCUGGUCUCCCCCCAGGACACACUGCCGUCGCCCAUCAGCCCACUCACGCCCCGCAGCCCUGUGUCACCCGGGGGUGGGGUCUCAGCCCCAGAGGCUCUGAUUGCUGCCAUCCUGGGGGAACACAGGCCAACUCAGGUCACCCCGACAGGGGGCAGGUCACCAGGCAAGACUGGAGAGACAAGUUUAUGAGAAGCCCAAGCAACAAUCUCUGUGGGGUCAUGAAUGUGCACAGACAUUAAGAUAAGACUGUUGAAAUUAGGCCAGUAAAGACUAUAUGAUGAUAGAAUCUAGGGCUGAUAUGGUCCAUUAUUCUGAUGCUGAUCUGACCCUACACUGUCACUACGCUCAUAAAAGCAGUGCAUUGUAUGACUUGUAGUUUGCAACAUUCCACAUGUUAGUGAACCAGUUGUCUCUGUUUCUUAAUCUACUUAUCAGUGACUUCAUCCCAUACAUACACUGUGUGUACUUUGGAGUCAGGAGCUAGUCCAAAUCGAUAACAGUCUAAGUCUUACCCCAAGAAGUGCUUUUGCAGACUCAUAUCAAUACUCUAUGUACACAACAAAUGUAAAGCCAAAGCAAGAGUAAAUCUGCAAUGUACAGUACUGCUGUUGUUAUGGUAAGUUUAAAGGAUGUCUAUAUGCCCUACCCAUAUGGGCCGGAUCACUUUGUGUGGUAUGAUAUCCAUCUUUCCAUGCCCCUAAGCGCCAACUGAUAUUAUACCACUUCAACCGGUUUGUUUCUGAAUCUCCCCAUCUUGUGUAUAUGUGUGUAGAAUUGUACAUGUUUGAGAGAAAAAAACAUUCCUGUCUUAUUUUCAGAGUGAUAAGGAUUCUAAUGAUUUAGUGGUUUGUUUUGGUUGUGGACAUAUUGGUUGUGUGAGGAAAAUAAAAUGAUAAUCCUGA